CCAGUACGUGGAAGAAGCGAGGUUCUGUGAGGCUGCUGCAGAGGGAGAGCGGCGCGCACGUCGGAGGACCGUCACACGCCGUCCACUGCGGGAUAUUCCUUCACUUGCCUCGCAUUUGAUGAACAGUGAUAUUUCGUGGUCUUCUGCCUUUUUGCUCCGCGUCGCUUUUGUCAACACUGGAUAAAGGAAUGCGUAGGAAUAAUUAGACACGAGCCCGAUAAAGGAUGACAUUUGUUCCACUUUAGAGACAGCUUGGGACCGACGCGGAGGACGCGCACUUGGCCAGUGCCCACUUUGGAUUACCGCACGCUCUCCCACCGAACCCCUCGUGAUGAAACGUGCCGGUGAGUGAAUUGCAAGCCCGCGUCCCGCGCGUCGCACGCGGUCGUCCCUCCCGUCGCCCCGACCCAGAUGAGAGAGCGCCCCGGUGGACCCGAACCGCUCUUGCGGGAGCGCCGCGGUGAUCCACGCCGGACACGACCGGAGAACGCGUCCGCUUCCACACCCACGCCGGUCCUGUCCCCCGCGGAUCCCUCCCGCCACGCUACGAGGCUUCCCGUCCGGACCGUCAAGAUGUUGACGGCGCACAGCGGCCACUUGCUGCACCCGGAGUAUCUCCAGCCCCUCACGUCCGCGCCGGUCAGCAUUGAACUGGAUGCCAAAAAGAGCCCUUUGGCUCUUCUGGCCCAGACCUGCUCCCAAAUUGGCAAACCAGACCCCCCCUCCUCUUCCAAGUUGGUUUCUCUGUCCUCCAGCAGCCUGGGAGACAAGGAGUCCUCUAGUCGCUCAUCCAAGUCUGGAGAGCAACACCAGUCUCUGGAAGACAAAUCCAGCUUCAAGCCUUACUCCAAGUCAUCCGGCGACUCUCGAAAGGAUGUUUUAGUGACCAAGGGGCCUUCAGACAAAGCAGCGUUCCGGGUGCCAAAUGUAAGCAGCAGUAGCGUCAGUGCAUCGUCCUUUCCCUCCCACUCUCAGUCGCCCACCUCCAGCUCUCCUCCCCUGCACAGUCAGAACCAGCCCCACCGGCAAAGCCAUUCCCCUUCCGCACAGCCCCAGUCACACUCGCAGGCCUCGCACAUGGACAACAAGCCCGGUGGCUCGGAGCCGGCCGCCUCGGACGCUAACGGCAGCACUAGCAAAAAAGACUUGGACGCAGCCAAAUCUGGAGCGGAUGGGGCCCAGUUAGCGAACUCGAGUCACAUUCGCGCCAGCGCCAACUCCAGCAACGCCAGCUCUGCCAGCAGCCCGCGGCCGGAGAGCAAGGCCGACCUGCAGGCCUCCUCGCAGCCCGGCCUGGGCUCCGGCCACGUCGCCCCUGUGUCUCCGUUCAAACCCGGACAUUCUGUCUUCCCUUUACCGCCUGCUUCCAUGGGCUAUCAUGGCUCGGUUGUGGGAGCCUACGCGGGCUACCCGUCCCAAUUCGUUCCUGGUUUGGAUCCUACCAAGUCUAGUUUGGGUUUAGGAAUACCGGGGAAGCACCCCAGCUCCAGUCCACUCACUGGCGCCUCACCCCCGUCCCUAAUGCAGGGCUUAUGUCGGGACCCUUACUGUUUGACCUACCCCAACGCACCACACCUAGGAGGCAGUAACUGCUCCACCUGUGUCCAUGACCCCUCCACCCUCAAGUCUGGUUUCCCCCUGGUCUAUCCUUCACACCACCUCCACUCUCUACACUCCAGCUCUUUGUCCUCCGCCACCACUCCCUCCCUCUCCCACCCUCUCUACACCUAUGGUUUCAUGCUCCCCAACGAGCCCCUGCCUCACGCCUGUAAUUGGGUGUCUGUCGGAGGUCCGUGUGACAAGCGUUUCGCUACGUCGGAGGAACUGCUAGCCCACUUACGCACCCACACAGCCCUCCCGGGCAUGGUGGACAGUAAGCUGUUGUCAGCCUACCCGUCAUCGGUCUCAUCGACAGCCUCCUGCCACCUCCACCUGCCUCCGCCCAGCAGCCCAGGUACGCUGCCCAGCUCCUUCUCCCUUCGCGGGUCUCCUGGUUUAGGCCUGGCCCGUUACCAUCCCUACAGCAAGUCUCACCUCCCCGGAGCCCCAGGACUUCCCAUGCCAUCCCUUCCUUCAUCCUCAGCCUAUUACUCCCCCUAUGCUAUCUACAGUCAGAGACUAGGCUCAGCCUCAGCCCUUGGAUACCAGUGAUAUUUGAAAUGGUGUUGACGCCCACAUACUGCAGGCACCAGCUUGGACUCCAGAGCAGCUCUCAAGAUGGAUUCUUGAGAAUGGGGUCAUCACCAGUACAUGGCAUAAUGCCUGCUGCAGCACCUGCCAGGAAUACCACCUGUUAGCCUCAGGAUUGUGACUGGCGCGCUGAAGGCAAAAGACCCCGUGAUGAUGGUCUGCAGCACAGAAUGAACAGACUUUGAAGAUGGUGAAAUUGUGAGACUCUCACAACAGUCCUGAUUUGUUUCUUGUUCAGUUCUUCUUUAUAUCUGUCUCCCAGAAAUGAAAGUCUGUAUUUAUUUUUCACACAAGCGCUUGGUAUUAAGCUCUGGGGAGGGGGAGAGGGGUUUGCUGUCCAAAUAAAUUGUUCUAAAGUAUUCUAACAAAAAAAAAAAGAAUGAUUUAAGUAUAGUACAUUUUUGCCUAUCAUACACUCUAAAAAUAAAAAUAUUGCACCAUGAGGAAGGUGGACUAUGAAGCUUUAUUCUGGAGACAUCUUUUAAUCUCCUCUCUGCCGUUUUGUUUGGGGUUUUUUGUCAUCUUUACUGCAUAUUCAAACUCUGGAGAACUGCAUGUCCAUGACAGAGAUCUCGAACAUUGCCAUUGUUUUUGAUUGUAAAUAUUUAAAGAUGUAAUAUUUUUUCAAGCUUUCUUGGGUUCAGCAGAUUGGGGCUCACCCGCGCAAAUAGUACAAAGAUAAGAUAAGAUGACAUAAAUAAAAACAAUUAAUGGUGGCUGUACUCUCCAACCAAGAGGAAAACGUCUUAUUUUGUUAAAUAAAUGAUACUUGAUUUCAA